AUGGCUCACUCGCUCCCUACGCCUUUCACUCCAAACAGUGACUUUGCUGCCCUCGAAUCCCACCGCUUCUCCACGGGUCCCAUCACUAUCACCGCCCUGGCCCGCUUCGAGUUCGAGGCGGGCAAAGCCAACGAUGGCACCAAAAUCAUGAUGAUCGAGUGGGAGGACGACGCUAUAGCUCGCUCCUCCUCCUUCCCCGGGGGUUCCUGGCAUGUUGCCUGGGAGGGUAAAACCGCCGUUCUUCCUGCCGAUGAGAAGACGAGCGACAACACCCGUCGAAUGUACUUUCUACUGCCGCCACACGUUACUAUCCCUCCCACCGUCACCCUGUCAUACGAGCCCCCGGCUCACGCACCCCCGUCCGCCAAGAACCCCGAACCCAUGCAAUUGAAUCCGCUGCCGGCGAUAUUUCCUCCAGAGCUCGGUGCUGAUGGUCGCUCGGCGGGCAAGAAGGGUGUGCUACAUACGAUAUGGGCGAAGAAGCGGCUGCAGGUGCUGGAAAAGGAGAUUCGGGAUGAAUGUCUGAACAACGCCGAGGGGAUUGCGCUGCACAUGGCUCUGCAGGAGAAGGAAUGGAUCGAGUCCAACUUUGGUGUGUCGCUGUCUCCGGACGGGCCCAAGGUGGUCGGGCAGAGUCACCCAGAUCCGCAUUACCCUAUGGGGCCUGCGACGCCGGUAUCACCCAGCAGUGGAGGCAAGCUGGGCGAGAAGCUCAAGGGGCUGAAACUGCAGACGAGCGAGCGGGAACUGUCCCCGAAGGAGGCCUCCGCGCGACAUCUACUAUCUCCCCAGUCCCCCGACGUGGCCGUCUCCUCGUUCAACUCCUUCCACAGUAUACAUCGCCCGACGCGCAGUCCUGCGCCCGCAGCGCCAGAAGCCCUACGAACGGUGGUGCACUACCCACCGGAGUCAGUACAGGCACAGCAGAAUGUCGAACACCACACGGGCUUCGCCUCGAUGGGAGGGAUGGCGCGCACAGCGAGCGCCGACUCAGGCGAGGAACUAUUCGCAAAAGCACUGAGCCCGCGGACGCCAGACCUGCCGCGGAGUCCAUUUUCAUUCCGACCGGAGGGACUGCAGAUGUGA